GGAGCCUGCCGUGCCCUCAGGCCCCCGCGCUCCUGCCCGCAGCCCCGACAGCGCGGUCCUCCCCGCGGCCCCCGACAGUGACUGGGAAACAGAAGACUGGAAACAUGUCCGAGUUUUGGUUGAUUUCGGCCCCUGGUGAUAAGGAGAAUUUACAAGCACUGGAGAGGAUGAAUACAGUAACCUCCAAGUCCAACCUGUCCUACAACACCAAAUUUGCUAUUCCUGACUUCAAGGUGGGGACCUUGGAUUCUCUUGUUGGUCUCUCUGAUGAGUUGGGGAAACUCGAUACCUUUGCUGAAAGCCUCAUAAAGAGAAUGGCUCAGAGUGUAGUGGAGGUCAUGGAGGACUCCAAGGGGAAAGUCCAGGAGAACCUGCUGGCCAACGGAGUUGACCUGACAUCCUUUGUGACCCAUUUUGAAUGGGACAUGGCCAAAUACCCUGCGAAGCAGCCGCUGGUGAACGUGGUGGACACACUAGCCAAGCAACUGGCACAGAUCGAGUCAGACCUGAAGUCCCGCACGGCGGCCUACAGCGCCCUGAAGACGACCCUGGAAAACCUGGAGAAGAGGUCCACGGGGAACCUCUUUACUCGGACACUGAGUGACAUUGUGAGCAAAGAAGACUUUGUGCUGGAUUCAGAAUAUCUCGUCACACUUCUGGUCAUCGUCCCCAAGCCAAGCUAUGCACAGUGGAGGAAGACCUAUGAAUCCCUCUCGGACAUGGUGGUCCCCAGGUCGACCAAACUGAUUGCCGAGGACAACGAGGGUGGCCUCUUCACAGUGACUCUGUUUCGAAAAGUGAUUGAUGAUUUCAAAAUCAAAGCCAAAGAGAACAAGUUCACUGUUCGUGAAUUUUUCUAUGAUGAGAAAGAAAUUAAAAGGGAAAGGGAAGAGAUGACCAGGUUGCUGUCUGAUAAGAAGCAACAGUAUCAAACUUCCUGUGUUGCUCUUAAAAAGGGAUCAUCUACCUUCCGGGACCACAAGGUUAAGGUAACCCCGCUAGGGAACCCUGAUAGGCCUGCUGCGGGGCAGACCGACAGAGAGAGAGAGAGUGAGGGCGAGGGCGAGGGCCCCCUGCUGCGCUGGCUCAAGGUGAACUUCAGCGAGGCUUUUGUUGCCUGGAUUCACAUAAAGGCCCUCAGAGUGUUUGUGGAGUCCGUGCUCAGGUACGGGCUGCCAGUGAACUUCCAGGCAGUGCUCCUGCAGCCUCACAAGAAGUCAGCCACCAAACGCUUGAGGGAGGUGCUGAACUCUGUCUUCCGGCACCUGGAUGAAGUGGCGGCAGCAAGUAUCCUGGAUGCGUCUGUGGAGAUCCCUGGGCUGCAACUCAGUAACCAAGACUACUUCCCCUACGUCUACUUCCACAUUGACCUCGGCCUUCUUGACUAGGAAGGCCAGCAGGCACAGCUGGCUUCACAGGCAGGCUGUCGGUGCAGACACUGCUUUCUCUAAGACAAAGGAUGAAGGCCUACAGAACUGUGAUUUUCAGAGAAAGUGCUCACAAAAGUUAGUUACAGUGUAUUUAUUUUUUUAAGUUACAAUAAAAUGCUCAGUCCUUUGAAGUCUCUUAUGUUCUAACAUAAUUCAAAA